CCUGUAGUAUGUCCACAGUCUCUGGUCAUCUCCUGUACUAUGUCUGCAGUCUCUGGUCAUCUCCUGAACUAUGUCCGCAGUCUCUGGUCAUCUCUUGUACUAUGUCUGCAAUCUCUGGUCAUCUCCUGUACUGUAUCCGCAGUCUCUGGUCAUCCCCUGUACUAUGUCCGCAGUCUCUGAUCAUCUCCUGUACUAUGUCCGCAGGCUCUGGUCAUCUCCUGUAGUAUGUCCGCAGUCUCUGGUCAUCCCCUGUACUACAGUCAGUCUCUGGUCAUCCCCUGUACUAUGUCCGCAGUCUCUGGUCAUCCCCUGUACUAUGUCCGCAGUCUCUGGUCAUCUCCUGUACUAUGUCCGCAGUCUCUGGUCAUCUCCUGUACUGUGUCCGCAGUCUCUGGUCAUCUCCUGUACUGUGUCCGCAGUCUCUGGUCAUCCCCUGUACUAUGUCCGCAGUCUCUGGUCAUCCCCU